AUGAUUGGUGGCGCUGUAAAAGUCGGCAUCGCGGCUAUUAUUGUGUACAAGAUAGCGGAGUUCCUGUUGAGACCAGGUGCUGAUGCAGAUGUCCAUUUCAAGAAGCAUUAUCCAGGAGAGUGCAGGCAAGUAAAAGGCAUCGACUUCGGAUCGGAAGAUUUGGAAGUCACCAAAGAUGGUCUGGCUUUUAUUACAUCUGGCCUAUGGUUUCCUGGAGCUCCAAAAGGCUUCACUGAUAUGAUCACAAAUAACAAUGCCAAAGGAAGUAUAUUUCUGUACGAUUUCAACAAACCAGACUUGGGAGCAAGGAAACUGAAAUUGAUUCCCAGCAAACACUUCGACCCAGAAAUAUUCCACCCGCACGGUAUCAGUCUCCUUGAAGACGAAGCCAAUGGCGAACAUUUACUCUACGUUGUCAGCCACCGCAAAGGUAAAGAUGACGCUGUGGAAAAAUUCAGAUACUCACCGAAAACAAAUGAACUAAUCCACGUGAACUCUUUCGCCGGCGAUGAACUUCACAUUACCAAUGACUUGGCCGUGAUUUCAGAGGAUAAGUUUUACAUUACAAACAUGAUGUAUUUCAAGAAUCCUUAUUUGAGCAUCAUAGAGAACUUGCUGGCCUUACAUGUUGGCUCUCUGGUAUUCUUCAACGGUACUGGGUUUACCACAGCGAUCACCGGGAUGCGCGGACCGAACGGUGUGUCACUAUCCAGAGACAGAAAAAACUUGUACGUGAACCUACCAUUUACCGGCUCCAUGAAAGUGUUCGACAUCAAAGCUGAUUACUCCUUGACUGAAAUCCAAUCCUUGCUUCUGUAUACAGGAGCUGAUAACCUACACGUUUCACAAUCCGGGGACGCACUCUACACAGGAGCUCAUCCAGUGCUAUCCAAAAUUAUGGAACACAUCAGCGAUCCUUCACAAAAGGCUCCUUCAUCGGUACUGAAGUUACCAUUGAACAAUGGGAAAGUCGAUACAGAAAAGAUUACUGAGCUGUUUUACGACCAUGGUGAACUCAUCAGUGGCUCCUCUGUGGCGGCCGUCCACAACAACCAGCUUCUCAUUGGAUCUGUCAUCCACAAACUUGUCAUCUGUGAUGCCAACAUCAAACUAUAG